CUGCGUUCAAGCAGCAGAUAGCCGUGCCGCCCCUGAUCCCAACUUCAUGCUGCCCACUACGACGAAUGCCAAGUAGCCAUCACGAAAAGUCAAACACUAAUUCAUUGUUUUCCCUUUGCUUUAUAAUCGUCCCGCGCGUAUGUAUUGUAGCAUCAGCAGCUCAGUUCGUGCAGGCCAUACAGUACGCAGAUCACCAUGCAGUCCGCCGGCGAGGAAGCGCCACGGCUUGCGCCGGCCACAUCUGAGGACGGCGGCAAGAGCCCGGCGUCACCGUCGAUGGACAACGAGCGGCAGAUCCCCGUGGACCCCGUCUCGCUGCGGCACCUGGGCAUGGUCGCCGACCCGGACUCGCCGCUCUCGGCGCCGUCGGUGAUGACGGAGCUGGUGGCGCACUCGUCCCCGCUCCUGCCGCCGCUCCGCCGUCCCACCUUCGUCGGCGCCAGCCUCCCGUGCUCCGCGGCCUCCUCCCCGGUCCACAGCGCCUCUGCGAAGCGGGAAGAGCCCAGCCUCGCCACGGUCAUCGCCCUGAGCUCCCUGGCGCGGCAGCACUCCGCCGCGCUCGCCCACUACGUCACCUCGCCGACCGCGGCGCCCACCACGCUCUCCAGGAGCGCGUCCCGUGCCGAGGGGAGGACCAUGGCGCCGCACGACGACGAGUACCCGCACUUCGAGUUCGACACCGACGCGGACGCCCACGGCUUCAAGUGCGGCGUGCUGUGCAUGUUCAUCCCGGGCUUCAACAAGAAGAAGCGGGGCUCCCCCUCCGCGGCGGCCGUCGUGUCCAGCAUACAGAGGCAGCACUCGGGCGCGAGGCGGCGGAGCAGCGUGUCGCGGAUGGCGUCCAUGGAGAGGUUCGAGUGCGGGUCGUGGAGCCCGCCGCCGCCGCCGCCGCCCACCUCGGCGCCGCACGUCGACACGGACUUCGCGAUGGAGGUGGCCAAGGUCAGCUGCGCGGACGACACGGACUUGCCGAUCAAGAUGGCGUUCGUGUUCGAUGGCGACGCGAGGGGGGUCCUGAAGAAGUCGGCGUCGGAGUCGGAGUCGCGGCGGGCGGAGUCGGGGGCGCCCGUCAAGAUGGCGUUCGCGCUCGAGGGCGAGCCGAGGGGGAUCCUGAAGAAGUCGGCGUCCGCGUCGCAGCGGCAGGAGUCGCCGGCCCCCAGGAUGUCGUCUGCGUCGCAGCGGCACGUGAGGUUCUCGACAGCAGCCGCGCCGCCGGCGUCGUGCCCGACCUCGCCGUGCAUCACGCCGCGGCUGGCGAUGGCCAGGGCGGAGUUCAACGCAUUCUUGGAGGCGCAGAGCGCGUAGAUAUAGUUCAUCAUGUACGUACGUACGGUGCAUGUCUGUUUUUUCUUGGAUUUCUCCGUGCGUGUUCGCGAGUGGCAUGCGCUGCCGGUACGGGCGCGCCGUCGCUGGCCGGAACAGGUUUUGUUUUUCCGGCGUGUUCCAUUCUUGUUCGGUUGUCCAUAUUCCAGUCGACCAAUUCCCGACGGCUUUUUUGGGGGGUUAUUACGACCGACGGAGGAAACAGGAAGAGGUUUGUGUUCUACAGCUCUACUUCAAUCUCGUUUGUGCGUGAAAGUCGAUCGGCUCUUGCUAUGCUAGGGUUUGCCAUGAAUCGAUCGAACCGUGAAAUGGGUCUCCUUUGGGAGAAUAUUUGA